AUGCGCCCAUUGCUAGUGCUUCUUCUUGUACAACACGGACUCUCUAACGUCAUUAAUUACCAAUUCCACACUGACAAUGACAAUGAGAUAAACGAAUGUAUUGAACGAUCGAUGGAGACAUUAAUGGAUGAGACCUGUUUGUUCUUUCGUCAAACCUCUGGUCAAGACACCUCAGUCACAUUCAUCCAAUCAGAACAUUGUUCAUGGCAGAAGUCGAACAGAACAGUUCAUCUCAAUCCCUCCUGCAUAUCCGAUGACUUCUGCUACGAAAUGAUCGGACGAAUACUCUCCAUAGACAAGCCCAAAAGCCUCAUCGCUCGUCAUCUUAACCUCCACUAUAACUGUACCGAGAAAUGUACGAUCGACUGCCAGCAUGGAGGGACAGUGCAGGAUGACUGCACUUGCAAAUGUGGCUAUGGAUUCUCCGGAAAACAAUGUGAGAUGUUGGCCAAGCAAGCAUCGUUCACUGACUCUUCCUGCGGAGUGAUCAACGUUCACGACGAUGGCGUUCUUAGCCUGUCCACGUUCCCAGAACCUCGCGAAAGAACGACGUUCUGCCAGUGGCUCCUUGAAUCGUCGGACCCAUGGGCCAUGAUCGAAGUCAGCAUUGAACGACUUGGACUAGACGGCGAAGAUGUGAGACCAGGAGCGCGCUGCAACGACUUUUUUACGGCAUUCGGCGAGCAGGAGCAAGUUGGACCGCUGCCAUGCGACGGUUCUCUCAACGUGACAGAGCUACGAUCUAAAGAGAACUGGCUACUGCUGGAGCUCCGCAGUGACCCCUACUCCGAGAAUUCUGUUACAGGACCUCUGUUCCGGUACAGAAUCAAACGACAACAACCUGGCGUGCGUAUCUACUCUGAGGGUAUGACAUCGUCGUUUGCUGCACUUCCUGCACUUGUGAUACCGGCCUACCUCAUUCUUAGGAUAUUCUGA